AUGAGAUUCACGUCCCUGAUCUUUUCUGCCGCUCUCGCCUCGGCUACCGCGUUCCCCGGCGAGGCGGACGAGGCUGCCAACGAGGGCAAUGUCGAGACUGCCUUCCAGCCCGACGUCCCCCGGCCUGUCCUGAACGCCAAACCCUCCGAGGCCGACAUCCCGUGGGCGGCGGCGGCCGAGCUCGAGGCUGCCGGCUUGGCAAAGCGCUCAGCCGAAGCCCAAGGGGCCAGCAAGAACAUCGGCAACUUCCUCCACCGUGGCGAGCAAAUCGUCGGUCAUGCUGGCGCCACUUUCGGCAGCGGCAAGGAUGAUGAUUUCUUCAAGGAUAAAGAUGACGACGGCGCUCGUGACGGCUGUACUGGUCAGGGUUGCUUUGGACGCGCAUCUGAGGAGGACGGGAAGUACUCGCACGACCGUGAGCGUCAACACAAGGAUGAUACUGAAGGCUUUGAGGAGCACUAUUGGGUUGAGGCCAUCAAUGGCAACCACAACCUCGCCAAUACUGUACGGUCCCCUCCUGAAAGUAAAGGCAUCAUAGUCAUCACCAUAAGCAUCAUGACGACAAGCAUCGUCAUCUCCACCAUGACCACAACCCUUAGGCUCCACGAUGCGCGUUACUCCGAGGUUCCCCACCAUCAUGAGAAGCGCGCCCUGGCCGCGGAGGAGGUCCAGGCGGACGAUGUGGUUAAGCUUGCCGUGGCCGGUGAUGAGGGUGAAUACGUCAAGAGGCAGACGUACGAUGAGGGAAAGACGCCAGUCUACUCGGACGAUCGCAACGAACGGAAGAAGAAGUCUGAGAAGGACGAUGUCGAGUACUACCGCGAGAUAAUCGGCCAUAACCACGAUCUGGAAAACAAGGGCGACUCUUUCCAGCAUGGCCAGCAACACCAUCACCAUGGUCACCAUCAGCACCAUCAGGGCCAUGACGACUACCACCACGGGCACGGCGGCCGGAAAGACCUGAUCUGCAUCCGAGACCGCUGUUUCGAGCGACCCAAGCCCGACGUGGUCAAGGCCGAGGAAUAA